AUGGGUGAAGAUAUUGCACGAUCAGGACAGGAACGUUUUGCUCCAGGAUGCCCUUCCCCCUACCCAUGUGCUCCUCUCCCACCAGGCGUGAUCCGGCUCCUGGUGCCACUGGCCACGCUGCUGGGCUCCUGGUUCAUCGUGCAGACAUACUUUGAGCACAGCGGGAGAACCAUCAGCCUGCGGAGCUGGCUGGGUGCCACCAGAAAGCCCAUGAGUAGCCCACCACAGCCCCGCUACAAGUGUAAGAACAAGAGGGACUGCCCUGCCGACCACUUCGCCUUCCGGAUCAUCAGCGGUGCUGCCAACGUGGUGGGACCCUCCAUCUGCUUCGAGGACAGGAUCCUCAUGAGCACUGUGAAGAAUAACAUUGGCAGAGGGUUGAACAUAGCGCUGGUGAACGGAAAGAGUGGGCAGCUCCUGAAGGUGGGCUCCUUCGACAUGUACUCUGGAGAUGUUACACAACUGGAGACCUUCCUCCAAGAGAUCAAGGAUGGCACCAUCGUGCUGGUAGCCACCUAUGACGACGCUGCCACAAAGAUGAACAACAAAGUACAGGCACUUUUUUCAGCACUGGGCAGCAGACACGUGAACCAGCUGGGCUUUCGAGACAACUGGGUCUUCUUAGGGGCAAAGGGGCUGAAGGGCAAGAGCCCAUUUGAGGAGCACAUCAAAAAUGACCAGAAAACAAAUAAAUAUGACGGUUGGCCUGAGCUGCUGGAGAUGGAGGGCUGUGCCCCCAGGAAGCAAGAUUAGAAGGGACACUCUGGCAGCACACCUGAUCUAUGGGGACACCAACCCCUCUGGACCGACCAAACCCCCGGCCUGGUCACAGAAGCCUGGUGGUGGCUGCUGGCUCCCAGGGACCGGCAUUCUGCUGUGGGGACACGCGGUGCUCAGAGCUGCAGUGUGCAGGUGAGCAAGCACCCAGCCAGGCUCCAGCCAAGCUGCCCUAGUCCAUGGCUAUGAGUGGGGCAUUUUAUGUUUCUAUCUUCAAACCAAGCAUUUUGUGAUAGGUUUUCUAGUUGUUUCUUAAAUAAUAUACCUUAUUAUAAAGCAAUACCUCCUUCCCUCUGCUUUCGAGCACAGCACAGGCCUGGCAUUGCCAAUCCCUCUGCCACCAGCUGGGUUUCCCAUCCACUGUCACAGCACCACACAUGGCUGUCCCCUGCCCACAGACAUGGGGAUGUUCUGGCCCCAGUAAUCUUCCUCUCCAUUGCCAACCCUCCUCCAAACCUUAUAGCCACACUAAGGCCACGGUGAUGGCUUGCUGGUCAAUGUGUGCAGACAAAGCACGUUUGCCCACCUUGUUGCUCUUUUUCUGGGUUAAAUCCAAGCUAAAUCCUCUGAAGAUCAAGACAACACCACAACCCAAUGCCUCCAUCCCAAACCAGCAAGACGGCAGAUUUUUCCUAAAGAAGGAAAAACCCAAAGCAAAAACCCCAGGCAGCCAACGCA